AUGGCUAGAGCGACUAUAAAAUCAGGGACUAUAAAUAUAUUAAACACCAUAAUUGGUGCAGGUAUUUUGGCAAUGCCUUAUGGUUUAAAAGCAAAUGGUUUAUUAUUUGGAUCGAUUCUAAUACUAUGGUCAGCUUGUACUUCAGCAUUUGGUCUUUAUUUACAAAAUAAAGUUGCAAGAUAUACAAAACAAAGAGGUUCAGUAUCAUAUUUUAGUUUAGCACAAGUCACUUAUCCUAAUUUAUCAAUUGUUUUUGAUUCAGCAAUAUCAAUUAAAUGUUUUGGUGUUGGGAUUUCAUAUUUAGUAGUUAUUGGAGAUUUAAUGCCUAAAAUUAUGGAAACAUUGGAAGUUAAAGAAGAAUCCAUUUUAAUGAGUAGAAAUUUUUGGAUUACAAUUUUUAUGGUUUUCAUUGUUGCACCUUUAUCAUUUUUGAAAAAAUUAAGUAGUUUGAAAUAUACUAGUAUUUUAGCAUUAUUUUCAGUUGCUUACUUAGUUUGUUUAGUCAUUGAAAGUUAUAUUGAAAUUGGAUUUGGAAUAGAGAAAGGUGAAAGUUUGUCAAUCAAUCUGUUUAACCCUGUCCCAGCAAAACACAUUGAUUGGAUAGGUCCAAUUGACUGGAAACAAACAUUAAGUUCAUUUCCCAUGUUCGUUUUUGCUUAUACAUGUCAUCAGAAUAUGUUUGCUAUAAUUAAUGAGUUAAGACCAGAUGAUAAAGAUGGAUCACAAACAAGACAAUCUAAUUUAAUUAUACGUAAUGCUAUACUUACAGCAUUAUUCUCUUAUUUAAUUGUUGCUAUUUUUGGUUAUUUGACUUAUGGUGAUGCAGUUAAUGCAAAUAUUAUUGCAAUGUAUCCUAGAGAUUCAAUAAGUACUUUAAUUGGAAGAUUAUGUAUCGUCAUAAUGGUUAGUCUAUCAUUCCCAUUACAAUGCCAUCCAUGUAGAGGAUCAGUCAAUCAUGUUAUAUACUUUUUGCAACAUGGUGCUGAAUCUUAUAAAUUUAGACAUGGUAAAAAAUUUGAUAGAUUACUUGAAAAUGCAGGAAAUGAAUCUGGUUAUUCUUCCAUGAAUUCUGAUAUUGAAAGUUUAAGUUCAAUAAAUGAAAACAGUUUAAUGGAAGCUUCAUUUAUAUCAACUACUCCAAUGGAAGGUGCACAUGAUACCGAUGGUCAUGAUCCAAUUAUUGUUCCAUUAACAAACACAAAAUUUUACAUCAUUACAGCAGUCAUAGUAGUUUUAAGUUACGCAGUAGCAUUAUCAGUUACAUCACUUGCAAAAGUUUUAGCAUUAGUCGGAAGUACGGGUUCAACAUCAAUAUCAUUUAUUUUACCAGGUCUAUUUGGUUAUUUAUUAAUGAAACCAUUAGAUAAAAGAACUCAACUUAAUAGUUUAGAAAAAUUUUGUAAAUAUGGUGGAUUGUUUUUGGCGAUUUGGGGAUUUGUUGUUAUGAUUACUUGCUUAGGAGCAACACUUUUCAUAACAGUUGAAAAUUGA